GUACGAAUCCUCAUCCUCUUUCUCUCCCACUCUAAUAACCAUUGAAGCCUCUCUCUCUCUCUCUCUCUCUCUCUCUCUCUCUCUCUCUCUCUCUUGGGGUUGAAGAUGAGAAUUUGUGGAACAGGGUAUAUUGAAAAUGAUUAUAAUUUCUAGAUAAGGAUUCUGAUGUUACUCAAACUCUUACCAGCAACCAGCAGCGCCUAUAGCACCGCGUCUAAUUCCCUGCAAGUGUUUGUUUCUUCUUCCUUCUCUACUCCAGCCAAAACCAAGUUCCUUCCCUCACUUUCUAGAUUUUCUGUCAAGCGUUCUUGCUUCUCUUCACAAACCCGUCCCUAUACUACUGUGACCAAGCCCUCCAUGAACCUUCUGAACAAACUUGGAUUUGGAAGCGGAAGGUCGUCAGAGAACUACGAUUCAGCCAUUCCUCAGGGACCAGAUGACGAUAUACCAGCACCAGGUCAGCAGUUUGCUCAGUUUGGCGCUGGCUGCUUUUGGGGCGUUGAAUUGGUCUUCCAGAGGGUGCCUGGAGUGAGUAAGACAGAGGUUGGUUACACCCAGGGGCUUGUGCAUAAUCCUGCGUAUGAAGAUGUGUGUGCAGGGACCACAAACCACUCUGAGGUUGUAAGGGUUCAAUAUGAUCCCAAACAAUGUGCCUUUGAAAAUCUGCUUGAUACGUUCUGGACUAAACAUGAUCCUACCACGCCAAAUCGCCAGGGGAAUGAUGUUGGAACACAGUACAGAUCAGGAAUAUACUACUACACUCCUGAACAAGAGAAAGCGGCUCGCGAAUCUUUGGAACAACAAGAGAAGCAAUUGGGCAGAAAGAUUGUUACUGAGAUUCUUCCUGCUAAGAAGUUCUACAGAGCCGAGGAGUACCAUCAACAGUACCUUGAGAAAGGCGGUCGAUUCGGUUUCAAGCAAUCUUCUGCUAAGGGAUGCAAUGACCCGAUUCGUUGCUAUGGCUAAUAGUUGGUAAAAAAAUGUGAGUUUAUCCUUAAGGAUCAAUAUGAUAUGACACUGUAUUUGGAGUUUGAAAAUGGGCAUAGCCUUGAAUUAGAGCUGUAUAAUUUUGUUGUAAAGUAUUGUGUUGGCAAUAAACAAACCAAUAAAUAAAGAACUGAAAUAUGUUUUCAGAAUUUGAUCAA